UUCAAACUUCACGUCAUAUAUGGGGACCGUUUCCCCGAUCUGUCAGUCGUUGAGUCCCUGUCUUUGGCCGACAGUUUAAAGUGUGGUAUUUGUCUCAAUGUAUUGGACAAAGCGGUGGACACUCGAUGUGGACAUACCUUCUGUCACGAGUGUCUCAAUCAAUGGCUCUCAAGACCGCAGACCACCAAAGAGUGUCCCGAAUGUCGCCAACCGUUGGCCUCAAGAAAGCGGUCCAGAAGUCAGUCCACGGAUGCAAAUGAAGUCAUAAUUGGAGGCAAUGUUCUGGUGGGCAAAAAUCGACGCAUAAAUGAAAUGAUCGGUAAAUUGAAGAUCAGAUGUGAAUACGAGUGGAACGGAUGUCCAGAAGUGUGUCCAUUGGAGUCGUUGUCCACUCAUCUCAAGACAUGUCAACACAAAUGGUGUCAAACAUGUGGUCUAUCUGUGGGUCUCGUAAGGGAUGACCACAACUGUAUUGAAGGCCUUAAGAGAGACCGAAAUGAAUGGACACAAAGAGCCCAAGAAUUUGAGAUAAGAUUAAAGGAAUCCAAUGAAAUGGCAUUGAAUUUGGAGAAGAAAUAUAAUUCACAACAAAAUGAAUGGCAAACGAAAUGCAAUGAAUGGAUAGAAAAGGACAAAGGAUUUGAUAUACAAACUAAAGAAAUGGAAACAAAAAUCAAAGAAUUGGAGACAAAACUACAGGAAUCUGAAGAAAAAGUACAGAAUCUGAAGAAAUUAUGCACUGAAAUGCACGGAUUGCACAAAGACUUCCAGGAUUUGGAGAGAUCAGUGAAGACAUCACCAGUUGUCGCAAAACAAAUACACUGUCUGUACGCUUGUGUUGACUCUUCACUGCCAUUGCUGUGCAUUAAACCCAACAAUAAUCGUGGGUUUGUUGUCGACGCCAACUAUUGUUCAAUAACUGAUUUAAUCAAUGACUGCCGCUUUGAUGUCAAUUCAAUUGAUUCGAGCGAAAGGUUUAUUAUCAUUGAAUUGAGAGAAGUAUUGAGUGAAACAUUUGUUUCGCAAUUGUGUGAGAAAUGUGUGGAUAAUAACAAUUUCGAAUUCAAGACAAUUGGUCCGAAUUGCGGACAACUGAUGAUAAGACAGGCGGUGAAUGCCAUCAUG